AUGGCAGGAGAACUUGACCUCAGUUCCCGGCCCAGUAGCCAUGUCGAGUUCUGCACGAUGGGCAUGUUCAUCCUCGAUGAUAUCGACUUUGGAGGAACCAGUCCCAAUGUGAAGAACGUCAUUGGCGGAGCAGCCUCCUUUGCGGUCGUUGGUGCACGUCUCGUAGCUGGAAAGGAUCAUUCUCGGUCCGUGAGCUGGAUUGUUGACGUUGGUUCCGACUUCCCUCGGGAGAUUUUAGAUGUCAUUCGUGCAUGGGACACCGACUGUGUGAUCAGAGAAGACCAGAGGAGAUUGACGACCAGAGCAUGGAAUGGCUAUGGCCCAAAUGAGAAACGAGAGUUUCAAUACUUAACACCGAAGCUACGAUUGGAACCUUCUAUGUUGUCGGACUCCCAAAUUCUCUCCAAGACAUUCCACAUGGUUUGCUCAGCGUCCCGUUGCAUCCUCAUUGUGAAAGAUAUACUACGACGCUGGGAUGAGUUGCAACAUGAAGGUCAAUAUUCUACUGUCCCAGAACGACCUAUCUUUGUCUGGGAACCUGUUCCUGAUCUCUGCACUCCCGAAGAACAAGAAAGAUUCUUCACUGCAAUCAAAGUUGUGGACGUGGUGAGCCCUAACGAACUAGAGCUAGGAAUGAUGUUCGGCCAGCCCGGUUGGAACGAAGAGAGUCGAUUUGGCCGAGACAUAGUGAAAAAUAUCGUUGAAUCUGGCAUCGGGCCCGAAGGCAACGGACACCUAGUCAUCAGAGCAGGAAAGGAUGGAAGCUAUUCGUAUUCCAGAACACAGAGAAUCUGGCUACCCGCUUAUCAUCAGGCCAACGCUUCCGGGGCUUCAGCGGUAGUUGAUCCCACUGGUGCUGGGAACUCUUUUCUGGGAGCAUUAACUCAAGGUAUGGUAAGUGCUGGUAGAGCACCGGCGAAGGUCAUAGACUCGGUUUUCGCAUCAUCGGUGCAUUGGCAAAACACGAAGGCAGGGGGGCGGUAUAACAACAUUCUGGAAGCCUUGGUAUUUGCUACAGUUGCAGCCGGUUUCGUGGUGGAGCAAAUUGGAGUGCCUGUGAUGUCUACUUCUACUGAAGGGAGAGAGCUUUGGAACAAAACUGAAUUUACGGAACGGGUCCGUCUGUACACCCAGCGGUUGUAUGAAACAGUCGAAGAGUCCCCACAGAAGCACUUCCAGAUCAAUUGA